AUGAAGCCUACGUUCGGUCUUAUUGCCUUUGGCCUGCUUGCCAGUUUGGGCAAUGCUGUGAGCUUGGUCGGGCUCCCGGACCAACAUGUCUUAGCUGCUAAGCUCGCUGUUGGACCCCAGCCAGAACCAACGGCGACGACUGAGGGGGUGAGAAAGGCAUUAAAGAAUGCAGAGAUCAUUCCAACAGUCAUUGACGACUUUGUUCCCAUAUUGAACUUGGAAGCGAAAUGGUCCGAUGAUCACCAAGCAGCACUGGGAAACACCCUUAAGCCGGACGACCUUCAAGAUACACCGUCUGUUCUCCUCAAGGAUCCGGUGUCGCCUACAACUUGCCUUCUUCGCUCUAGCACAAUUCUCGUGGUUGUCAUUACUGAUCCCGAUGCCCCAUCACGAGACGACCCCAAAUGGUCAGAGUUCUGCCACUGGAUUGCCGUCGGACAUCCGGACACAGAGGAUGACGCCGUCACCGACGAACCAACUGAACCCCAGGGGUGCCCUUUGUCGCUUUCUCCCCACAGUUUGGAAGACGUAGUGUCUUACACACCCCCGGCUCCGCCCGAAAAGACCGGAAAGCACAGAUAUGUCAUCUUGGUCCUCGCACCGGUCAAUGGAACAAGCGAGAAGCUGCACUUGUCGAAGCCCAGCGAAAGAAAACGCUGGGGAUAUGAUGAAGUAGUGAAUGGUAAGACGCAUGGUGUGAGGGAUUGGGCGGCUGAGAAUGGAUUAGCACCCCUUGCGGCGAACUUCAUCUAUGCGCAAAACGAGAAGCAGUGA